AUGGCGUUUAGGUUCGGGGCAUUCGUGCUCCUGACGCUGGGCAUCGUCGCAUACGGCCAAGAGAUACGCAAGAAGAAAUACUGUGAAGUAGCAGACCCAUUGGCAUCGUUUCAUGCGUACUCUGCGGUGAGUUUAAACCACCAGUUUCUUGAAUUGAAUGAUCUUGUAACUGAAUUUAAGCAAUAUAACUUCACCAUUCUUGGUUUUCCUGUUAACCAGUUCAAUCUACAAGAACCAGCAGAAAACGACGAGAUCCUAGCUUGUCUACGAGAAGUCAGACCAGGUAACGGUUUUGUACCCAACUUCGAAAUCUUUGAGAAGGGCGAUGCAAAUGGAGUUCAGCAAACUGACAUAUGGUCAUAUUUGAAGGACAACUGUGCGUCUGCUGACGAAUCCCUAGGGGUCAGUACAAGCUUAUUCUGGGACCCGUUUCACAAUGAUGACAUUCGGUGGACAUUCAGUGAGCGCAUCAUCCUUGAUGUCGAUGGUUUUGGGUAUAUACGUUACAAUGAUCCUACCGACCCCUACGCUCCAGGCGGUUUGCGUGAUGACAUCGAGCAAUAUCUGAGGGAUGGUUAUAUUGAUUUGUAA